GCUCACAAGCCACGCCCACCAGGGAGUCUUUAAAAGGUGCGGGCGCUCGCUUCGUCGCUGUUCCCGGACUGCCAGCGGGCUCUUUCUGGUCUGGCUCUGCUAUCUCUGCCGGCGGUGCGUGGUCUGCCUCCGACUCGAAAUGCCCGUCUGGGGAGGUGGCAACAAGUGCGGGGCCUGUGGGAGGACCGUGUACCACGCAGAGGAGGUGCAGUGUGACGGGAGAAGCUUCCACCGCUGCUGCUUUCUGUGCAAGAAGGGCAAAUCGUCCUCAGCUGUAGCUGACCCAGUCCAGAUGCUGUCCUUGGUGUUUGGGAAACCGCGGAAGAAAAAGGAAUUGGUUUGCAGGAAAAAUUUAGAUAGCACAACAGUGGCAAUUCAUGAUGAGGAGAUCUACUGCAAAUCCUGCUACGGAAAGAAGUAUGGGCCCAAAGGUUAUGGUUACGGCCAGGGCGCCGGCACGCUCAACAUGGACCGGGGUGAGAGGCUGGGCAUCAAGCCAGAGAGUGCUCAACCUCACAGGCCUACAACAAAUCCAAACACUUCCAAAUUUGCUCAGAAAUACGGAGGUGCUGAGAAGUGUUCCAGAUGUGGGGAUUCUGUGUAUGCUGCUGAGAAGAUCAUCGGAGCUGGAAAGCCCUGGCACAAAAACUGUUUCCGCUGUGCCAAGUGUGGGAAGAGUCUUGAAUCCACAACCCUGACUGAGAAAGAAGGUGAAAUCUAUUGUAAAGGAUGCUAUGCAAAGAACUUUGGACCCAAGGGAUUUGGCUAUGGCCAAGGAGCAGGGGCCCUCGUUCAUGCUCAGUAAAGGUGUAAGCCCAGAACCAAGAUCACACACUGAGAACCUCUACACCCUCUAGGCACAGAUAAUCUACCACUAAACUACUGUGAACUUCUGCCAGCACUUAAGUACUGUCUGUUGUCCCGUACGUGGAGAGGCUGGCUGGCUGACUCGUAGGAAGAGAGCACGGUGUCCUUUUGCUUUAUUCAUCAGCAUUUUCAGAAUUAUUUCUUUUACAUUUUAAAUAAAACCUUAGCAUGA